UUUUUUUUUUUGACAAGUGUAUUUUCUGUCGUGGUCAAAACGAAAGCGCGUUACGCCAGCAGAUCAGCAGCAGCAGCUCCGUAAAGAAAGGCAGCGCGACAGCAGCGAUCGUGUGAGUGUGAUUUAACGAGCAAGCUAGAAAGAGAGCAGGCUAUUCAAUGUGAAUGUCAAGCGUGCGUGUGAAAGAGAGUGCAAAAGGAAAAUAAAGUUGAAAAAAAGAAGAAAAAUAAAAUAAAUAAAUAAAUUUUAAAGCAGCGCAGAUAACGCAAAAGUGAAAGAACCUAAACAAUAACAACAAAUCAAACAAAAUGAGUGCCAACAAACGACGCCGUAGCAACAGCAACAGCAGCAACACCACUCGAAUAGACACAGCUGACCGAAUGAAUGCAGCAAAGGAUGUGCGCGACGCCGCCGUUGGAGAUAACGGACACAAAUUCGACGCUGGCAGCGUUGAUGAGCUGCUUGAAAUGCCGCGCGUGUGUCGCUGUUGCUGCAAAGGCGACAUGGAAUUGCUUAGCCUGUUCGAGGCCAGCGAUGAGACAGACAAAUUGCAGACAUCAACCAAAACUCAACGCCAACGCAAAUCAACAGUAACAGCCACAACUGCCUCAGAAGCAACGCAACAGCGUAAAAGCGAUAAUCCCGUGGAUUAUGCGCUCAGCAGUGCCCACAGCAGUAUGGACAUUGUGCGCGAGGAGAUGAUCAUUUGGAUGCUCAAUAUCUCACAUAUGGAUGGCCUGCCGCAGGAGAUUUGCCGUCAAUGCAAGGCGCAAUUCAUAAUGGUGGCCAAGUUUCGGCGGCGCUGCCUGCGUGUGCAGCUGCGUCUGGAGGAGUAUGCCAAGAAUAUAGCCGAGCGCAAGCAACGAUUGGCUGCCAAGCUGGAUAGACGAGCACAGUCGAGUGAUGUACCUGCUGAAGAUUAUCUCCAUCUGCCCGAGUCGCAAGCGGAGCGCAAGCGGCGGCUGCUGCACGGCACGGAGCAGACGCAGCCCAAAAUAGCCAAGACUGAAGUCGAUGUGGAAGUGCCGACGGCAGCGAGUGUCCAGCAUCUGGAGCUGCUGCGUGCGCGCAAAAUGCGAACUGCCUCGUUGCCAGGCAACAGAAUAGAGACUGAACCUGCGUCGGCGCCAGCGGCACGAAGCGUGUCCCAGCUGGGCGAAGUGAGGUUGAGGGGGCGCACGCCGCACAGGUCGCCCACCAAACGAAUGCACAUGCCCUGGAAAACGAAAGCGGCACGCAAACAGCUCUCCGAAACGUUAUCCAGCUGCUCGACAAUGUCCAACUGCGGCACAGACACCACGUCGCCGGAUGAGCCGCCAAGGGUGCAGCUGCAAACGCUUCAAUCAGCGCCGAGCUCCGAAACUGAGACGGAAUCUAGCUCUGGCCAAACGUCACUGGAGCAGCUGAGUGAUUUGUCUGUGAACCCUUGCCUCGGCUUUGACAAUGAUAGACAUAGUUACUCCUCUUCAACCUCUUCCUGCUCAUUCGCUUCCCCAGCAACAGCUUCGAGUGCUGGCCAAAAGGCAACAACGCCAAAGUCCAAGCUAAAGUUUCCACCAAAGCGUAGGUCGCCCAAGAAGUCACCCAUGGUGGUGCGCUCUGGACGUAAAGCGCAAAUCAACUCUGUGCCGUUCAAGCGAUCGAGGCGCAUCACAGGCAAGAAGAAGUUACAGCAGAGUGUCAAGAGCGAGUUGUGCGAUAAAGAGCCGAUGGAGCAGUGCAGCGAUGCAUUAGCAGAGAAGUCUCCACGGACAACAAUCGAAAGCGAGACGUUGGAGAAGUUUGCCAGCAACUCUUCGGUGGACUCGAGCGGAACAGCAGCGAGCAGAGCAGCUGAUAGCGGGACUGCAGAGACUGCAGAGAGAGAGUUCAGGGAACAACUGGAACAGAUCUGUACCUCUCCGGCGCCGUCAGAGCCAAUCGAAUCCUCUCAAGAAACUGCAAUCAAUGAAACUGAGGCUAUAAAGCCAAUCGACAGCAUAUCAAAGGAAGCAAACGUGGCUAGUGAAAUUGAAAUGACGAAUGGAGUAGCCGAGUCAGCUGAUUCGACAGUGCAAUUCGAAGAGCUGACGUCGUCCACUACGGAGCAGGUCAGACAGUCCCUGACGCCCGAGGUGCCAGCCGCAGAGUCCGAAGUAGAGCUGCGCAUAGCGCAAGAGGAGGAGUUACGGGCGGACGAGGCAUCGCAGUCAGACGAGGAGGGCAAGGAGUCGGAGCUUAAAGUAAGCAUACCACUGGAAGUGCUCGACGAUGACCUGCAGCGCAAGCUGUGCAGCAACACAGAUACGUUGGGUAAUACCGAGCAGCAGGAGACGGAGCCCAAGGAGCCAGCGGAAGCGGACGAUGUGAACAACAAUGAGAAUGGCGAGAAUUUUUGCCAGAGUGCUACAGCAGAUAGCUUCAAUGCUGCUGUGGCACUCACAUCCAAACAAAUUGAAGCAGAACCCAAUGGGGGCGUGACUGUGACUGUGGUGGCAACACUGGAUGACGACAUGGAGUCGCUCGAGCGACUGGCCAAUAUGCAGCAGCAUCAGCCAAUUGGCGAGCUGCAGCUGCCGCGUGCGGCCACCGCCAACUCCAUGGACUUCUUGGCCGAAUUCGAGAAGCACUGCGAGAAGACACUUAAGAUGCAGUCGCAAUCGCAGUCGCAGUCGCAGCCGCAACCGCAGGAGUCGCCACUCAAUGUGGAGCUUGAGCUGGUGGAGGCCAAGCAACAGUUUGAUGUGGAGAUGAAUGACGUGGAGAGCACGUUGCAUGGCAUACUGAACGAGAUGCAGGAUCAGCAUCUCUACACACCUGUCUGCACGCCCAUCGAUGAGCUGCUGACGCCUGCGGACUACGUGGUGCACAAUGAAGCAGAGGCGCCAGUGCCGACAACGACGCAGCUCUAUGAGCCGCCUGCUGAGGCGACUCAGGUACAGCAACAACAACAACAGCAGCACCAGCAGCAGCAACAGCAGCAGGUGAAAGAGGGGAAUCUGUUCGAUAGCAGUAAUUUUAGCAAUGAGCUGAUUGGCUUCCAAAACGAUAUGCCUUGCUUCGAGAACAUUGAGGCGACGGGCGAGUCGACGACAGCGCAGCAGAGCCUGCAGCUGGAGCUGACGCAGCUACUCAACGAUCUGCAGCCAGCGCAGCAGCCAUUGCAGCAGUCAUUGCAGCCGCCGAUGCAGCAGCAACAGUUGCAGAUGCAGCCGGAGGCAGUCAGCUAUGAGACACUGUAUCCUGCUGCCUCAGUGAGCAGCAGCAAGCUGCAGGUGAUCCAGAUGCAGCCACAGGAGACGCUGUGGCAGGCUCCAGCAACUGCCGUCCAGCCGACGACGGGCGCCCAGCUGCAGUGGUCAACGACGGCGCCAGUGUCCGGUGUGGAUGCUCUGGAUGGCAAUGCAACAACCACCUACUAUAUCAGUGCCGGUGAUCUCUACCAGACGCAGCUGCAGCCGCAAACGGCACAGCUAACGGGCGAUGGCUAUGCGCUGUUGGACAGCAAUGAGAACUAUGUGCUGGAGCAACAGGAGCAACAACAGCAACCGCAAUCCCAGCAGCUGCAGCACCAGCAGCAACCCAUUAUGAUACUCAUACAGCAGCCAGAGCUGCAGCAGCCGGUGGCAUCCGCCAGCAAUCCGCAGCAGCCGCCGCUGCAUAUAGCAUAUGGCACCAGCCUGAGCAAUGAGCUGCACGCCGCCUAUCCACAGCAACACUUGCAACCGCUUCUACAGCAGCAGCCGCAGCAUCAGCAGCAGCUGCUUCAAGAGAUGCAGCCACAGCCCCAACGCCUACAACAACAAGUACAAAAUACAGUAUUAAGCACAGCUGCUGCCGUGCCACCGCCCACACGAGGCCGUCCGCCCGCAUUGAAGUGCCGUUUCUGCCAGAAUGGGCCGCGCUUCUCCAGCAGCCUGGAGUACAGUCGUCACAUCAUUGAGCUGCAUCCGCCGGUGGCGCCAUUCAACUGUCCCCAUUGCCCGAUGGCUUUUGCCGGGCGCAACAAACGCAACCAGCACAUCCUUAGCAAUCACAUGGUGCAGCAGUUCCACUGUGGCCAAUGCUCCCAGCUGUUGCCCUCGCAGCGUGCUCUGGAUCUACACUUGCAGCGCUUCCAUAUGAAACUGCCCACCGAGCCACCAGCUGCUGCUACUGCUCCUGCUGCUGCUGCUGGUGUGCGCCUUGAGGAGGUUCAAUUGCAAAUAGCCAACAGCAAUAACAACAACAACAACAACCAAAACCACAGCGAGCAGCCCAAGCAACUCCAGCAACAGCAGCAGCACCACCAGCCUAUUCCUGCUUUGGAGUCGCAAACAAGUUGCCAACAGCCACGCAGGACGCGCAUACUCUGCUGCCCAGACUGCGAGGACUGUUCCUCGGUCGGUGGACAUACUCAUGGCAGGGGCCAGUCGUCGUAUGAGGAGCUGUCGAACUUGCAGCCACCGCCGAAUGUUUUGACGCCACCUUCGACCAUCGCAUCGCUGCCAUCGCCGCAGCCUCAGCCGGCGCCGCACAUAACGUUGCCGUCGCCGGAGCAAUCGGAGCCGGACUCGACGACGGCCACGUUGAGGCAGUUCCGUAAGCGCUGCAUGGCCAGCACGACAGCUGGAACUGCUUCCAUGGCAACAUCAGCAACAACAACAACUACGGCGGCAACAACAAUGCUAUCGACUGCGCCGUCGCCGUCGCCGUCUUCAUCGCCGUCCUCGUCCACAAUGGAGACCGGCGCCACAUUGCAGCUGGGCAAGCUGCGCAGCAACCACCAGUGCGCCAUUUGCGAGAAGCGCUUCACGAACAUCAUUGCGCUGCGCAAGCACCAGCAGCUGGCCCACGACUCACAGACAACGAUGCCCUGGGUGUGCGGGAUCUGCAAGCGAGGCUAUCGGAAACGCACCGACAUGGACAAUCACAUGAAGUCGCACGAGCCGAAGGGCCGGCCGUACGAGUGCAACGAGUGUUGGGUACGUUUUCCGGAGUUCAAGCAGCUGGCCAUGCACAAGUUCACCGUCCAUGAGCUGAUCAAGCCGCAUACCUGCGAUGAGUGUGGUAAACAAUUUGGUACGGAGAGCGCCUUGAAGACGCACAUUAAGUUUCACGGUGAGCGCGGCUUCGAUUGCGAAGAAUGCGGCGAGGUAUUCGUUUAUAUGAAAGAUUUGCGCAAACACCGUCGCAGCCACAACAGCGAAUUAUUUUACAAAUGCGACAGCUGUCCGCGCACAUUUCUACAUUUUACGAGUUAUCGUGCUCAUAUUAAUACUCACCUGCCGCUGGGUGUAUUUCUCAACGAUAAGAUGCCGAGCAGCGUUAGCAGCAAACUAGAGAAUCCUUCAAUGUCAGCCACUAUCGAAGAAUCAUCAUUGCCAUUAACGCCGCUGAGCAACUGCAAUGGGAACAGCGGCAGCAUCGAUGAUUGCCCUGGCUCCGUGGAAGUGGUGGAAAGCAGCAUGACGCCUUCGCUGGACAUGAUUGUGGAUACGCCGUAACAAUUGGCGCAACUUUAUUAUUUGAUUUAUCAGGAACCUGGAACGGCGCCCUCCUAUUAUUAUUGCUAUGCUUAGCAAUGGGCUCACACCCAAAUAGACACACCACACAAACACAGAGAGAGAAAAACCCAGCACAACAUGAUAAAUUGUUGCAGACUGCAUUCAAUGCACACUAGUUCUAAGCUACACACACCCACACACAUACAAACACACACACACACACACACACCGUCUCAGUUCACAUACAUUUUAGUACACUGAAGUUUAGAUCUA